AUGUCCCACUCCAUCAACAACAGGCUAUGGUUAAAUGCCAACAAGAAAUGUUUGGCGUUUAUAAAGAACACCAUUGAGACCACUAUCGUGGGAUCAAUUGCUGAUUGCCCUACGGCAAAAGAAAUGCUGAACAAGAUAAAGAGUCAGUUUACUCGCUCUUCUAAGAUGUAUGCCACCCAGUUGAUCAAACAACUCGUGACAGAGAGCUACCAUGGUGGUGGCCAUGGCAUAAGGGAGCACAUUCUUAGGAUGAGCCACACGGCGGCUAAGCUCAAACCUAUGAAUGCGGAUCUGGAGAUAAAACCAGCCCUCCUUGUCCACCUGGUGAUGGCUUCUUUGCCUAAGGAGUUCGAGACCUUUGUUGUCAACUACAACAUGCAGCCCGAGACUUGGGACAUAGAAAAGGUCAUCGCAAUGUGCACUCAGGAGGAGGAGAGGAUUAAGGCCUCACAUGGUGGCUCUCUUAACUAUGUGAAGGAAAAGAAGAAGGGCUUUCCACCCAACAAAGCUUCUCCCUCCAAGCCACAGGGCAAUGGCAAUGGCAAUGGCAAAGCUCCUGUCCAUUAUCAGCAUAGGCACAUUCCAGUGGACAGGGAAACUUGCGUCCACUGUAAGGAGAAGGGGCACUACAAGAAGGAUUGCCCUGUUUUUCUAAAGACCUUCAUGGCUAAGAGAGGAGCAACUGUUCAUGUUGCAAAUUCUUUACAAGGAUUCAGUUCGACGAUAACUUUGCCAAGAAAUUCAAGAGGAAUUGAAGUUGCGAACGGUGUCCAAGCCGAAGUUGAAGCUGUGGGUGACAUCUCCUUGGAGCUAACCGAGACUGGCAUUGUUGCCCAGUAUUCCAUGCCGGACGAGCCUCAGCAAAAUGGAGUAGCUGAAAGGCGUAACCGUACUCUCAUGGAUAUGGUCGUUGGUUCCAACCUCAUCUGCACCAUCUUUUUCCAUUAUACUGAGGCCUUUUAA